GCAUUGGACAUCAGAAUCGGAUACAGCUCUUAUUCACUAACAUUCUUCAGCGAGACUAACGACUUGUGCUCAGCGAAUUAAUUUAGGGACUGCAAGGGAAAAUAUCUGCUGAAAUGACGCUGGAGCCUUUUCGGUCAGCAAGGACCAUGCCCGUCGGUGACGCCGGCGACACGUCUCUUGCUGUUCCCUCGGACAUCAAAAUGACAUCAGCGCAGCAGCGAGUUAUGGAUCAGGUUCACACGACUUCGAGACGCAAGUCCCGAUUCAGUAACAAAAGUGGAUCUGGACUAAUACUCCCAACAAGUCCAAAAAGUGAUAGUGUGUUCUAUGUGAUAGAUGGUCCUACUACACUCAAAGAAUUACCAGGACCAGGCUUUGUGAACGGAACCAUGAACAAGGGAUCUGGCUUUGUGAACGGAACCAUGAACAAGGGAUCUGGCUUUUUGAACGGCACUGUAAACAAGGGAUCUGGCUUUGUGAACGGAACCAUGAACAAGGGAUCUGGCUUUAUGAAUGGAACCAUGAACAUAAAGGAUCCGUUCAGGUCCACCAUUAAAGGAUCUACACAAGUCAAUGGCGGUCAUGCAAAAAUGUUUGCGGAUCAGGAGCCGCGGAGAGUCAUGACCAGCCCUCGCACCGUGUCCCAGAGAACCAACACCAGCAGCAGCUGGAAGAGGACCAAGAGCAGCUCCGGCCCCCACGGCCCCCCCAUCAGCCCCAUGGCCGGCCACCAGGCCAAGAUCCAGCUGGACGGCUACAGACAGGUCGGCCAGGCCAGCCGCCAGGCCAGCAGCCGCAGUGUGCCCGACCUGAGCACCCGCACCGGGUACCAGCAGAGGGUGGAGGUGGUGGGCCAAGCCAGGCAGACGGCCAGCCAGUUCCCGGGCAGCUUCAGCAGCCCACAGAUGGAGCGGUGCGUACCCGCGCCCGUGCAGCUCCAGAAGGGGGCGACACAGAGUCAGCACAGCAUGACGAUGACGCAGGUCAGGCGCCCACCCUCCAACUACUCCAACGCCGACUCCAAGAUAUCUGUGGUCAAGGGACAAAUCAUUGAUGACCAGAAGAGGGACAUCAGCAUGUCAGAAGCCAUUCAGUACUUGUCCAGUCAGGACGAGAACUUCCAGCUGCUGGGAGCCUCCUUCAUCCAGCACAACUCCUUCACAGAGGACAAGGCCAAGCAGCAGGUGUUUCAGCUGAAGGGCAUCCCUGCUCUGAUCUCCCUCCUCCAGAGUCCCAACCUCCAGAUCCAGACCACGGCGUCCGCUGCCCUCCGCAACCUCGUCUACCGUCACCAGGGCAACAAGGAGGAAGUGCAGCGCUGUGGGGGCGUGGCCCAGGUGGUACAGCUGCUGAAGGACACCCCAUCAGCCGAGAUCCAAAAACAACUGGCAGGUCUGUUGUGGAACCUGUCCUCAGCCGACGCUCUGAAGGCGGAUCUGCUGAGGAGCUCUCUGCCGGUUCUCAGUCAGCAGGUGGUGGUUCCCUACACCAACAUCGCCAACCUCAACAACAACAUGGAUCCAGAGAUCUUCUUCAACGCCACCGCUUGUCUUAGGAACCUGAGUGCAGCCAAAGUGGGGAACCGCCAGUCCAUGCGAAAAACCACUGGCCUGAUCGAUGCACUGGUGAAAUACGUCCAGAAGUGUGUGGCCGAUGACAAGCCUGAUGAUAAGUCGGUGGAGAACUGUGUGUGUAUCCUGCACAACCUGACGUACGGGCUGGAGAGUGAGAGUCCGCUGCUGUUCACGAGGCUGAACGCUCUGGCGCGCUCAAGGACCAACACACACACCAGCACCACCGGACCCCUCAGCUGCUUCAGUCCCCAGAGCGACAAGAUCCAGCAGGAGGCCCACUUUGACUAUCCUGUGAUGGAGGACAACAAUCCCAGCGGGUCUGCCUGGCUGUUCCACUCCAGAACCCUGCAGAUGUACCGUAGCCUGCUCGGUUCCAGCGAGAACCCAGCCACCCUGGAGGCCUGCUGCGGAGCCAUGCAGAACCUCACGGUCACAACAGGAACCGUGUCGGCCGUGUUGAGCCAGACCAUUGUCCAGAAGCUGAACGGACUGCAUGUGAUCUGCCCGCUGCUUAAGAGUGAUAACGUCCACUUGAAGAGCUCUGCAGUGCAACUUCUUGGGAACCUGUCACGCCAACCACGACUUCAUAGCAACAUGGCCCGCCAAGCCCUUCCUUCGCUCGCAGACUUCAUCAGUGCCGGUGUCCCAAACGUGACCAAAGACGAGGCGGAGAUGGACGAAACUAUGGCAACCGCCUGUCAAACAUCAUACCUCUUAAUGAAGGCGGAGCAAGAGAUGAGCAAGGGGUUGCUAAGCAACAGCCUGAUAAACUCCUUGAACAAUAUGAGCGACAACAGUAACCUGCCGAAGUCCAGCAAAGCGGCGGCUUUUCUCCUCUACAACCUGUGGGCAGAGAAGGACCUCCAGAGCUUCUUUAAGAAGCAAGGAAUGCAGAAGAGGUCCUUUGUGAAUGACGUCACCAAAGCAGCUAACAGAUCAAUUGUGGUUAUUGACUAGCUGCCAACAAGGUUCUGCGGUGGAAGGUUUGUUGGCCCGAAACACAGACUUUUUCUGCCACUGCUUUCUGUUGAAACACCGUCAGUCUGAAAGCCGAGCCUGUAGCAACACUAUCAUGUCAUCAGCACUUUUGUGGUUAGGUUGUUGUAAAAUGAGACAGGCACUGUAUUAAUGUAUACAAAUGUAUAAAAAAACCACAAAGAUUUUUGUUUACAUCGGAUGGUAGCAUAGUCUCUUUUUUUUCUUUUUUUUUCGCCUUUAUUAUUAUAGUGAAGAGGAAGACAGGAAACAAAUGGGAGAGAGAGAUGGGGUGGGAAUCGGUACAUGACCGCAGGCCGGAUUCGAACCUGGGUCCCCGUGGGCACUCGGACCCGUAUAUGGUACGAGUGCUAUAGCCUGCUGCGCCAUAUAUUUAUACAUAUAUUUCCUGAUCUCUGUAGUCCAGGGUCUCAUUUCAUCUGAAAUACCUUUUGCUUUUGGAAAAGAAAACACUUCAACUUUACUGCACUGGGGUCGGACUAUUGAUCGUUGAUAGGAUUGACUUAAUAAUAAUAAUAAUAAUAAUAAUAAUAAUAAUAAUUAUUAUUAUUAUUAUUAUUAGAUAGACCGCUGUUUUUUUACUGAUACAGGUUAUUGUGAUUUCAAACGUAUGGAGCCCAGGAGGUGUCAUUGCAAGAUUUUGGAUAUUGAGAGAACGUGCACUCGUUUUACUAAAUUGGGGUGUUAUUUUUUCUUAAUUUACAGUAGUUGGCUGGGUAAACCCCGAUCUGCCAGCGAUUCGGAUUUCGCCCCGCAGCUCAGGCUGCUAACCCAUGCCCAUGGAUCACACCUCUUGUGCAGUAGAAAUAAAGCGCAGACUCCCCAGACUAAUGUUCAAUCUUAAAAGAUUUAGUAUAAUGUGUGUUCAUUUAGUAUCACAACAUAGUGCGCUUGUUUUACUGGAUGGUUAAUAUGGCUAACCACAUCAUGUGAAUUCAAUUAAGUCAAUUGUAUGCAUAGGAGCCUGAGGAAGCGCAUGGCAAAACACGUUGCUCAGAAAUAAAAACUUAAAAGUGUAGUCCAAUGGUGUGCGGUGAUCCUUUUUUCUUUUUUAUUAAUCGUAAACCUGCAAGUCACCAGCACCCAACGACCCAACUUAAUUGGCUGUGCAAGGGGAUUUUGGAUUUUUUCAAUUGCAUGCUUGUUUAUGUAAAGCACAUUGAAUGACCUCUGUGUAUGAAAUGCACUAUAAAUAAUCUUGACUUGACUUGGUUAACUAAAUAAUGCGCUAGUUUUCAGUAAAUAUUGUGCUCAUUUAAUAGAAUUUCGGUCAGAGUAGAAUAUAGGACAAUGAGCACAACAUUUUGUAAAAUGAUUACAGUACAGUACUCAUUCUCUGGAUUACACAAAAAUGUCUUGCAAUGACACCUUUGGGGUUCAGUAUGAAUUAAAUUGUUCUUUGUUGCUGUUGUUCUUGCAGUAUGAGGGGUCUGGGGGGUCCAUUCACAUAUGUUUCAAUAUAAUGGACAAUUUACCUGCCAAAAAAGUUGAGGAAUGUUGGCAUUUUUUUGCACAUACUGUAUGUCUGAAAUGGACUCAUGUAGUCUGAUGUUCUAACACUUAGUUUAAUCUUAUAACGUAAUGCAAUGUUGUAUUUGCGUCUUGUCCUGUAAGUACAUGAAAUAAACUGCUCCUGAGGAAAUAUA